GAAUGCUAACACACACUAUAAAAUACUUAUUAUGCAAUUUUCCUCACUUGCAAAAAAAAACCCGUGGGAGGGGCAUUACAGCUUUAAAGGUGAAAAGUCACCCAUGGACUAAUGUGAAGAUUGUGAUUGUUGUCAGCAGCAUAUUCCUUCAUCCUGAAAGUCUCUGAGCCACUUGUUAUUGCAGAGGAAGGGAGACGCUGGAUGUUGCACCCCACCUGAAGAGCAGACGCAGGAAGGGAAAGUGUUGGCCACCAUGAAGACAUCUGCCUUCAUAACAGGCACAAGCCUGCUCCUGUUUGGUGCCUUCAGCAAUUCUGCCGCCUGGACCAGGCAGAAGAGCUGGGAGCCUGCAGACCAUUUCUGGCAGAUGCAGUGGCAGAAAGUUUACCACCUCUUUGGUGCGAACGAACAGGCCAUUUACUUUUUGGGGACACUGCUGGUCCCGUUCCUUGUUUUUUGGUGCGUCAAUGGAGUCUACAUGGUGGCUGAUGUGACUGGCAAGCCCAAUUUCAUCACCCGUUACCGAAUUCAGCUGGGGAAAAACGACCCCGUUGAUACAAAAAAGCUGCUCCAGGCUGUUUGCACAGUGGUGUUUAAUUUCGUCUUCAUCUCUGUCCCACUGGUGGUGCUCACUUUCCCCAUCGUGAAAUGGUGGGGGGACCCUUGCAGAGAAGAAUUGCCCACGUUCAGAUGGGUCCUCAUAGAGCUGCUCAUCUUUGGCCUGGUAGAGGAAAUUCUCUUCUACUAUUCGCACCGGCUUCUUCAUCACCCACUUCUGUAUAAGCAUAUACACAAGAAGCACCAUGAAUGGACAGCCCCUGUGAGCGUGGUCGCCCUGUACAGCCAUCCAGUAGAGCACCUGCUCUCCAACACAGUGCCUGUGAUGGUUGGGCCAAUCCUCCUGCGAUCCCAUAUCACUUCAACUAUGUUGUGGGUCUGCAUUGCACUCGUGGUGACAAGCAUCUCGCACUGCGGCUACCACCUGCCCUUUCUCCCCUCGCCAGAGUUUCACGACUUCCAUCACCUCAGGUUCAACCAGUGCUAUGGCGUUGUGGGGCUCCUGGACUAUUUGCAUGGAACGGACACACUUUUUAGGCAAAGCCAGGCCUGUAAGGGACCCUGUGCCUUGCCUAAUGCUGGAAGCAUCCCCGACUCCCCCGGAAAGGCGAAGUGAACCCCGCCGCUGUCCAGGUGCUUUAGGUCUCAGCACCACGUGAGGGACUCAGGAUGAUUAUUGCCCAGUGAUGUGCUAGAGAAGCGGCUAUUAAAUUUAAAAAGCAAAUCACA